AUGUCUCGCGGCGGCGGCACCACGCUCUACGUCACCGGCUUCGGCCACGGCACACGCGCUCGCGACCUUGCCUACGAGUUCGAACGCUUCGCCUUCGUCGAAUACGAGUCUCGCCGCGACGCCGACGACGCGUACCACGAGAUGCACAACAAGCGCAUUGGCCGCGAUGACUUGUUGAAGAUCGAGUGGGCCCGUACGCCUCCUUCGGCAUCAUGGCGGUUUGACUCCGGUCGUGACCGUCCCCGUGGUGAGCGCUCUGAGCGUGGCGGCGACCGUGGCGACCGCUCCGACCGUGGUGGUGACCGUGCAGACCGAGGUGUUCGCUCUCCUCGCCGUCGCAGCACCUCUCCUCGUCGCGAGCGCGGAGCUUCUCCUCGCAAGGAUGAUCGCCGCGAGCGUGACUACGACCGCCGUGACCGGGACCGAUCAAGGAGCCCCAUUGACGGCGACCGUGAGAUGAAGGAUGUCCGUGAUCGCGAGGACGACCGUGGCGACCGUGACCGUGGUGAUCGCGAUGAGAGGCGUGAGCGUGAGCGCGAGGCUGACCCGGUCGGCGAAGUCCGCAAGAGUGAGGCAACCGACCCCUUCUACGACGAACUACUCUGA